UGUCUCUUUUCCCACUGAUUCAUCGCUGUUUCCAAACUGCGGUGCUGUACGACAGUACGAGGCCGUCUUAUGAUGCAGCGUGGUGAAUCCCGUGUGCGAACGAAUGUACAUUAAUGAAGUCGCGUACAUCGGUAUCUGUUUUUCCGUGUGCAACUGUCCGCUUCACGUCGGGACCAAAAGCGGCGGCCAAGUGAGCUGUGUUUAUCGUGCUUGGCCUGCCGCUGUUUACCCUGGCUCUGGAAAGUGCUUGCUCGUCACCGAUUACUGGUCACUGCGUUGUCGAAAAAGAUCGGCAGCAUGGAGUCGCGGGCCAGCUUUCUCGGUGACAUCAAAGGGGAAAUCCCCUGCGUGGAUUACACGCGACUCUUCGCUAGGAUCAAGAGCAUUUCCCUGAAGUGUAAAGCCUGCGGCGUAGACCUCGACAAGCCGUGUGGCAAAACUGCGGAGAACGCGAGCCGGUGCUGGAUAACGUUUCACCUGCGCUCACUGAACGAAGCGUUGCGCGACGUCGGGAUGCACGUCUUCGAACAUGCUCCCGGCAAGUUCGCGCUGGGCACUUUCCCGGACGUUUACACAGAAUACGAAAAAUCCGAAAGCACCCUCCUCGAGAGCGUUACGUUAGUGUAUUGGCUCCUGAGAGAGCAUCGGUGUGUUACGCGUCUGGACUUGGGUGACGCGGCAGUAUUGUUCUGCAAUUUCCCCGCGCUGCUUUGCACAGCUCUGCGGCAGAACAAAGGACUCGAAGAGGUUCGGCUUCACCCCAAGGACGUGAGAGGUGUGUGGCGCGAAACGCGAGCUAUGAUUAUCCUUUCUUCCACUGUAGGAAAGCUGUCUCUAGCACUCGAUGCCUUGGACAUCAACGAGCUUACGCCUACCAUUGUGUCGUUGGGAGGAAUCGCCGAGGCGGUCGGGAAAGGAAGCUUGCGUCGUCUCGUUAUUUCGAACGGAGCGUCGAGCAAGAUCGCGAGAAGGUUGUUCCGCGCCGUUGGAUGGUCUACCUCCUUGAGCGAGCUAGAAGUGAGGUGUAACAAGAGGUUGCCACUAUUCAGCGCUGCUAUCUUGUCCGACGCGUUAAAGCGUAACAGAACGCUGCGAAAGCUUACCAUAGAAUGGUUGGAAAAGGACGCGGUUGGAACGCUGCUCAAAUCCCUGAAGGAAAACGCUACCUUGGAGGAGCUGGUGCUGAUUUACUCGUACGACGAACCGAAUCACAUCCUUUGGGACGGCUUCGAGGCGCUGAGGGUGAACCGUGGACUUAAGUCUAUAAAACUCGUCGGUGUCAGCUUAGUCAACAGCUGCGCGAUAACCGUGGCUGAUAUUCUGCGGCAGAACGACGUGCUUCGAGAAGUCAGCCUGUCCGAUAACAGCAUCGGCGAUCUCGGAGCUGGCGCACUAGCCAAGGCCUUGCUCAAGAACUCGACCUUAAAGCGUCUGGACAUCUCCGAGUGCAUGUGUAGUUACGACGGCUUGUCGAGCUUCUUAAAGUCGCUCUCGCUCAACACUACGGUCGAGUGCAUUCGACUCGGGGACAUUGACGUUCCGGAGAGUUGGUCACCCAGCUCGCCCCUUGACGCGAGCGUCUGCGCUCGUCUGGACGUUACGUGGAACACGCGUGGUCUCCAAGACUGGGCCUCCUCGCUACGACAAGGGGGAGAACACCAUUUUCCUCGACUAUGCGUCGGCUGGACUAAGGAUACAGCGUCGUCCGGCAUUGUCGAGUGGUUCGAUGCAGUGCGUGCGAUCGGUGCUUCGAUCACAGAACUAGUCAUCAGUUGUCCCGAAGGAGUCGGCCAGGAGUGCGGCGACGCCGCGGCGUCCUUUCUGGAGACCACGUGCUCCUUGAAGAAGCUCACUGUGAAUGUGAAGGACCGGUGCUGCAGUUUCGUGAACGCCAUCAUCAGGGGCCUCGCCCGUAACAAGAGCGUCAGUGAAGCCAAGUUCCUCGAAUGCUACCUCAUAGAUCAGCUUACCAAGGCACUGCAGGACUUGAUGCGCACGAACCGGACCUUGCAUCGCCUGGAGUUCAAGGCUGUGUAUCUGAAAGAGCGGGCUGUCCGCUCUCUGGCACGUGCAUUGGAGGACAAUUUUGUCCUCCUCACGUUCGACUUGGAGUACACGCCCGAUGUCGGCAUGCAUCUCAUCUUCAGCGUACUGGACAGGAAUCGCUCCCUUCUUAGUCGCGCUGUAGAGUGCGUGUUGAACGCCUCUGCCGAGGAAGAGUCGAUACGGGCCCUGCAACUCCUCUCAUUGACUGACUCACUGAUUGAUGCGGUUGUUGAGGUUUCGGGCAAGGACCGUGAGGAAUGCAGAAUUCUGGUGCAGGAAUCGGUUCGCCGUCUAUAGUGCUCGCCUAUGAAAUUAUGACGUCGCAAGUGCUAGAAGGUUAUGUUGUCUGGAAGACAAGAGUGCCAAAUGGAAAACCUGCAAAUAUUCACGCUGCCUUGCUUACUUACGCAGAUGUCUUCCUUAAAGGUGCCCAGACUAAUUGCUCAUAUUCUUCUAUAGUAAUAAGUUACAUACGUGAGAUUCGAUGGCUGUUCAAUGCAAAGCUGCCGAGCGCAAUAAAAUAUCAAUGAAAGGUGUGACAGAAUGUUUCAAGUGACGUAAUUUCUGCCCCUAACUGCAGAUUUUAUGUCAGAAAGGUACAUUCAUUGGUGUUGCUAUAGCCUCAGCGUAGAAUAAAAAUCCGCUGUGUUAGAUGUGUCCCCCCCCCCCCCAACAAAAAAAUUGCGU